UUAAAUUCCUUCAGGGAGAAAAGCAAUGCUGAAUGGAUUGAAGAAUGAAGCAGAAGGAAGAAACAUGGAAGUCCAGCACAUCUUGAUGAACAACUCCAAGGAUAUCCAUUUUUCUGGGCAUUUAUCUUUCAUCUGGAUGAGCGGAUGGAGGAAAUUAGUAACUAUGGAGUUAGGGAACUGGGAAUCAUAGAGAGAUAGUGAAGGCUCAAAACCAUAAAAAAAGAUUGGGAAGAGGCAAAGGUUGUGGUCUAAUGAGUAAGUGGUUUACUCUGGAAUGGGCAUAAGAAUUGAGGAAGUAGUGACAAGGAGAGUUUUGUCUCUUGAAAAAAUGUUACCCAUGAAUUGAACAGAGAUUUAUAGUUUUAAUGUGAGGAAGAGUGCUAGACACAGGUAUAAAGGAAUAUAAACUGUACGUUUGUCUUUUUUUGCGGGCCAGGGGCCCUACCAUCUAGGCAGCAGUGCAGCAUGGGAGGAGACACCCACAACAGCUCAGGGUUGCCUCCUUUCACCUUGACAGGGCUCCCAGGGCUGGAGGCCUCCCAGCACUGGAUGAUUUUGCUCCUUGGACUCCUCUACACUGUCUCAAUCGUGGGCAAUAGCCUGAUCCUUUUCAUUAUCAAGGAGGAGCAGAGCUUGCAUCAGCCUAUGUACUAUUUCCUGUCCCUGCUCUCAGUUAAUGACCUGGGUGUGUCUUUCUCCACGCUGCCCACAGUACUGGCCACAUUUUGCUUCCACAUAAGAGAAAUCAGUUUUAAUUCCUGCAUGACCCAAAUGUUCUUUAUUCAUUUUUUCUCUUUCAUCGAGUCUGGGAUCCUGCUGGUCAUGAGCUUCGACCGCUAUGUGGCCAUCUGUCACCCCCUGCGCUAUGCUACAGUGCUCACUGAUGCCCGUGUGGUGCAGAUGGGCAUGUCUGCUAUUAUCCGCAGUUUCUGCAUGAUUUUCCCUCUGCCUUUGCUUCUGUUGAGGCUGCCCUUCUGCAAGGCCAACGUGCUCUCCCAUGCCUACUGCCUACAUCCAGAUCUGAUCCACCUGCCCUGUGGUGAUGUCACCAUCAAUAAUAUCUUUGGUCUAGUCAUUGUCAUCUCUACAUUUGGCCUGGAUUCUGCACUCGUGUUCAUCUCCUAUGUGCUCAUACUGCGUUCUGUGCUUGCCAUUGCCUCCAGGGAGGAACGACUGAAGACGCUCAACACGUGUGUGUCACACAUGUGUGCUGUGCUCAUCUUCUAUGUGCCCAAGGUUGGUGUGUCCAUGGCUGCUCGCUAUGGGAGGCAUGCCCCACCCUAUGUACACACACUCAUGUCCCUUAUUUAUCUAUUUGUGCCUCCGAUGCUCAACCCUGUCAUCUAUUCCAUCAAAACCAAAGAGAUUCGGCGAAGGCUUUGCAAAAUUCUGAGAAGGAAGUUUUGAGCAAGAGACAUGCUGAAAACCCAGGUCCUGAGGAUGUUUCUCCUUAUAUCCACAAAUUGAAGCUUACAAAACUUGCUUUGAUAAGGAAUUUUAAAUAUGCCUCUGUCAUGUA